GAGAAAGAGAAAGAAACACUCGUCUGUCUGGACCAUCGCAAGAACAAGUUAACUGAUAACUGGUAUCACACUAAGAGACUUUCAGCUUUCUUUAAAAAAACAUCAGAUUUUAAGUUCAGGGAUUUUUUUAAUUGUUGAAAAAUACCACCAUCUUUUGGACAUUUAUUACACUUUAAACGAAGGAGCAAUGUCUGCUGUAACGUCUGCAUCUAUCUGCUGGACUUUACUGUCUGUCUGCCUCUCGUCUGCAGUAGAAGAAGUUAUAUUAGGUCGGACUGGAAUGACCAUCGUUCUGCCAUGUCAAGUUCCAAGCAACAACAACCCCAUUGUAGCUGUGGAGUGGAGCAGACGUGACCUGGAGCCAGAAUAUGUCCUUUUUUACCGGGACAAUAAGCUUGUUCCAGAUUACCAGCAUCCGUCAUUUAAGAACAGGGUGGAUCUGCAGGACAGACAGAUGAAGGGUGGAGACGUGUCUUUGAUUCUGAUGGAUCUUACUACUGAUGACGCGGGAGCAUACGAGUGUUACGUGGUCCAUAAAAGAGCGAACCACAGCAAAACAACGAGUCUGGAUGGUUACUACAUCAGAGCCACCUACCUGACUGUUUCUCUUCAAAACCACAAUAACAACAUAAUUAUUGGGGGAGACACGGCCACUCUAGAAUGUCAAGCUCCAAACAGCAAUGACCCCAUCAUAGCUGCAUUUUGGAUAAGACCUGACCUGGAGCCAGAAUAUGUCCUUUUUUACCAGGAUGAUGAGAUUGAUACAGAUUAUCAGCAUCCAUUUUUUAAGAACAGGGUGGAUCUGAAGGACAGACAGAUGAAGGGUGGAGACGUGUCUUUGAUUUUGAAGGAUGUGACAGCUGAUGACUCAGGACUCUAUGUGUGUUACGUUGACCAGAGAAAAACGAAACGAGCCAGUCUGUAUAUUCACCCCAUCAGCAUCACCUACCUAACUGUUGUUCCUCCAAACCAGAAAAACAUCACAGUUGAUUCUGGGCAGAACAUCAUUCUACCAUGUCGAGUUCCACUCCUCUAUUUAAAGUUUAUCAUGGUUGUAGUGUGGAAAAGAACUGACCUGGGAGAAGAAUAUGUCCUUUCUUACCAGAAUCAGCGAUUUCAUCCAGAAAAUCAGCAUCCGUCUUUUAAGAACAGGGUGGAUCUGCAAGACAGACAGAUGAAGAAUGGAGACGUGUCUUUGAUUCUGAAGGAUGUGACUACUGAUGACGCGGGAGCAUACGAGUGUCAUGUGGUCCAGAGGGAAUCGUUGGGUUGGGAGAUAGCCAGUCCGAAAAGUCGCCACAUCAGCACCAUCUAUCUGAGUGUUGUUCCGUCAAACAAAAAAUUCAUCAUAGCUGUGAUGGGACAGACGGUCACUCUGCCAUGUCAAGCUCUAAGCAGCAACAACCCCAUAAUAGCUGCAGAGUGGAGCAGAGUUGACUUGGAGCCAAAAUAUGUCCUUUAUUAUCAGGACUACAAGCUUUUUCCAUAUUACCAGCAUCCAUCUUUUAAGAACCGGGUGCAUCUGAAGGACAGAAAGAUGAAGGAUAAAGACAUGUCUUUGAUUCUGAAGAAUGUGACAAUUAAUGACACUGGAACAUACGAGUGUUAUGUGGCCCAGAGAGGAGUGAACCGCAGGAAGAGAGCCAGUCUGGAAAGUUACCCCAUCAGCACCAGCUACCUGAGUGUUGUUCCUCAAAGCCAAAAAAUCAUCAGAGCUGAGUCUGGACAGAACGUCACUCUGACAUGUCGAGCUCCAAACGCUGUCCUCAUACCAGGUGUAGAGUGGAGCAGACGUGACUUGAAGGCACAAUAUGUCUUUUGGUACUGGGAAAAAGAGUUUGUUCGAGAUUAUCAGCAUCCAUCUUUUAAGAACCGGGUGGAUCUGCAGGACAGACAGAUGAAGGAUGGAGACAUGUCUUUGAUUCUGAAGGAUGUGACGACUGCUGAUAGUGGAACAUACGAGUGUUGCAUCAUCCAGGAACUGAGAGACGGUAGAAAGUUAUACAUUUUAAAGACUGAUCCCAUCAGCAUCAUCCACCUAAAAGUUAUUCCAAAAGGUAAGUCUGUUGGACUGAGAGCUGUUAUUGUGCUUUUAUUGGUUUCUUUUGCAAGUAUAAUCUACUACAUAAAAAUGACACAAUAGACAGACGGAGAAAAAAACAGCACAACACAAAUACAGCCAAGCACCAAGGUAGAACCUUCUCUUCAUCCCACUCAUCCCACCUUUCGUGGCAAAAAGCCAGAUGCUCUGAGGACAGACUUGAGUUCACAGUGAUGUGAAUCCAGCAGGAGGUAGUCAGCUGCAAAUGUCUCACACAGCCCUUGUUUGUUUUUUAACAUCUUUGGGUUUUUUCUGGUUUUGAUUGGAAAUGUGUGGGGGUGGGCAUAUUUAGUCUCUAAACU